CCGACACUCAUUCCAGGACAGCCCGCCACUGCCACGAAAAGUCUCACGUACCCACUGGCAGCAAGACUUGGUUUCUAACUAUUGAUGGGCUUUCGUUGCUUCUGUGUAUGGCAAACACAGGCAGGUUCUUCACAAGUCGUGUAACCAACACAUCCCAGAUCUACAAGGGAGCCCAAAACCGGGACACCCGUGGAUGGUUUCGAAACAGAGCACGCCCCACGGCAUGUCCCCAGCUCUCCCUUCUCGGGCGCUUUGAAGGAUUGAUUGUUUGGCAGCUCGCCCCCUCCCGACAGCAAUCUCAAAUGCAUUGGCGAGCCUCGGCUCCCCUGCACCACCAGCAAGGGAGCUUUGCCUGGCUCAUUGGCUUUGGGCGUGGUUUCACCACGUGGAUCAUCCCCUCCACCAUUUUCCGCGGCUGACGGUCCGAAUGGUCAAGGUUAACGCCUUCUUACCUCAGAACUUGCUCUGCACUUGGUGAACAAAGCAUGAUACUGUGUACAGUACUACCUAAGCCCAGUUAGGUUUCUCUUUGUCC